CCUCUUGAGUCCCAUACCAACAGAGGACAGAUUAAGUUCAAUGUGUGGGAUACGGCUGGUCAGGAGAAGUUUGUGGACUGAGAGAUGGCUGUUGCAUACAAGCUCCGUGUGCCAAUGUGAUGUUUGACGUAACAUCGAGAGUUACUUACAAGAAUGUGCCUAACUGGCAUAGAGAUCUGGUACGAGUGUGUGAGAACAUCCCUAUUGUGUUGUGUGGCAACAAAGUGGAUAUUAAGGACAGAAAGGUUAAGGCCAAGUCAGUUGCCUUCCACCGAAAGAAGAAUCUCCAGUACUAUGACAUUUAUGCCAAAAGUAACUAUAACUUUGAAAAGCCCUUCCUCUGGCUUUCUAGAAAACUGAUAGGAGACCCUAACUUGGAGUUUGUCGCCAUGCCUGCUCUUGCCCUGCCAGAGGUGGUCAUGGACCCAGCCUUGGCAGCACAGCUUGAGCACGAUUUAGAGGUUGCUCAGACAGCUGCUCUCCCAGAUGAAGAAGAUAACCUGUGAGGAAGUAAGGCUGGGGCCCAGCAUCAGAAGUCUAGUUUUAUAGGCAACUGUCCUGUGAUGUCAGUGGUGCAGUGUGUUUGCCACUUUAUUAUAUAGCUAAGCAGAACAUGUGCUUAAUCUUUGGAUGCUGAAGGAAAUAGAGCUUUGGAGUGAAUGUGGAAGUUAAAAAAAAAAAAUUCAGUUUUUGGACCUGCAUAUUUAGGUGUUUUGGAACACAGUUGUUUACUCCUUGACUUUCAAAUAUAAGACUGCUGUAGUCGCAUGACAAUAUGAGAGCAGAGAGGUCAAAUAACAGAAGCCUGUGAAGUGUCUAUACACUGGGAAGGAACACCUUGGGGCCAGGCAGCUGGGUAUGAGCUCUGCCAGACGACAGGCAAGAAAUUGUUCUCCACAAACCUCUUUGAUUCAGCACACACCAACAGAGCCUCCCUCAGGGCUAGAGAAUCAGGCUGAAAGGCUCGUAAUGUGUGUAUCCUGUGAUUCCUUCAGGAUCUGAACAGAAGCUAAAGAGCCCUGAUGCAGGAACUUAACUUGAAGGUAGGCUGUGCUUAAGCAGCGGAGAGCAGACGUCAGCAAUGCCGUGUGAAUUAAUGAAGGCAAAGGAGCCUGGGAACUGCGUUUAUUGUGUGGGAAGGUGAUGACAGAGUAAAUCUUCCAAAUUUAAGUAUAUUUUAUGUUAAUUGCCUAAAGUAGCAUAGAUUUGCUGUUUAAAUCUCAUCCAUGGGAAACUAGAAUUGGGCUUGUUGAUUUCUUGUAUUAUCCACUAAAAUCACUGGAGUCCUUGUUUGUAUUUACUUGAGAAGCACAGAUCUAUUUCUAAAUAGCUUUACAACAUUAACUGUUUUAAGAAACUUCUUUUUAAUACCAUCCAGUUAAUUGUACCAUGAUAGCUCCUAAGUGGAACAUUAUAUCUAUCAGUCUUAAGUGCCACUGGGGAUAUAAUAGCUUGGGUCAUAUUAUUACAAUCUCUUUUAUUUAGAGCACUUAGGAAGCUAAAAAUUAAAUAUGCUUCAACCUGG